AUGCGUCCCACCAUUCUCUUGACAGCAGGCGGUCUCUUCACCACUCAGCUGACUUGGGCCCAACUUCUGCCCACCUCUACUGCCGCCAAACUCCCUCACAUUGAAAAUGACACUCCCAACACGCGGGAUGCUCCUCCUGCCCAGUUUGAUCCUGAAAGCCUGGGCUUUCCUCAUACCCUCGACAUGAGCCCUACGUCGCCUGAAGUCCAUCUUGAGAUCAACAUCCACGUUGACCCUGUCCCAUCUAUCGACACCUUGAGCGCAACGUCGGAUCUCACCGUCACAGCCCUCUCUGCACCAACUGGUUCCACCGUCGUCACAGUCACAUCCAUGGCUGGUGUCGUCUCUGUCUUUUCGGCUUCUGGACCGACUUCCCCUCCUCCUUCACCUGCUAAUGCUGCAAUCCUCUCCGUCCCUACUGGUCCUGUCAGCCUCGCCGCACACCUCCGUGCCACCAACAGCUCACACAUCCUGGGUGAUGCCAAGCUCUCUCCAGAGGGAGAGAAAGACGUCUCCCACCUCAUGGACGGCGACUGCAAUGAUGGCGGCUUCGGAAAUGGAGCCGGCCUCGGUGGUCCUGGUGGCCUCGGCGGUCCUGGCGGUCUGGGUGGUCCCGGCGGCCUGGGUGGUGCAGGCGGGCUCGGCGCUGCUACCACUGUGACCGUUCUUGCCGUUCCUGCGGGCGGAAGUGGCCUAGGUGCAGGCGGCCUCGGUGGCAGUGGUCUUGGUGGCAGUGGUCUGGGAGGCAACGGUCUUGGAGGCAACGGCCUCGGUGGAUCUGGACUCGGAGGCAACGGAGCUGGAGCCUACGGAAGCGGCUCUGGUCUUGGUGGCAAUGGAGCUGGGGCAUAUGGAGGUGGUUCUGGUCUUGGUGGCUCUGGCCUAGGUGGUUCUGGCCUAGGUGGUUCUGGCCUAGGUGGUUCUGGCCUAGGUGGUUCUGGCCUAGGUGGUUCUGGCCUAGGUGGUUCUGGCCUUGGAGGCGGCAACGGAGCUGGGGACUGCGGAAAUGGCAAUGGUCUCGGCGGCUCUGGUCUCGGCGGCUCUGGUCUCGGCGGCUCUGGAGUCGGAGGCGGGCUCGGCAACGGCCUCGGAGGUGCACAUGGCCUUGGCAACGGUCUCGGCGGAAAUGGUCUCGGGGCUGGCGGACCUGCGACAAUCACGGUGCUGGCUUCUCCUGGUGGUGCCGGCUCUGGGAUUGGAGGUUCAGGCCUCGGGGGCUCUGGUCCUGGAGGCUCCGGUCUUGGAGGCUCCGGUCUUGGAGGCUCCGGUCUUGGAGGCUCCGGUCUUGGAGGCUCCGGUCUUGGAGGCGCAGGCGGCCUUGGUAGUGGCCAAGAUUGUGACGGCCUCGGUGGUUCAGGACUCGGCGGCUCAGGACUCGGAGGUUCAGGACUCGGAAACGGCAAUGGCCUCGGCGGCAACGGAGGCCUCGGCGGUCUGGGAGGUCUCGGUGGAGUAUCUGGGCCAGCAACAGUCACAGUCCUCGCUUCACCCGAUGGGGGGCUCGGUGCCGGAUCUGGUCACGGUUCUGGCAACGGACUCGGUGGAUCGGGCCUUGGAAACAACGGCAACGGCAACGGCCUGGGUGGAUCAGGUUCCGGAGCUGAUGGCUGUGGAGGCGGCCUGGGCAGCGGCAACGGCAUCGGAUCAGGCGGUGCAGGCGGCCUGGGCGGUGGGCUCGGCGGCAACGGACUCGGCGGCAACGGCGCGGGCGGUGCCAUCGUCUCGACCGUCGCUGUCGUCACCAUUCAGGGAGGAGGGAUUGGCGCUAGGACGCUUGAGGGUGCAGGAGACUCGAGUCUGGCCUAUGCAACGCAGCCGGCUUACUCUGCGGCGUACAUCGCGCAGUCCUCAGCUUCUGAUGGACGAGGCCCAUCAUCUCACCUGGCCCUUGCUGUCUAG